AUGUUGUCAAUGGUCUGCGAUAAACGCCCGUCCACGUAUGCUGAAGUGAAUUUUUAUGGACAUUUUCGAGAUCUGUCGGUAUUUUCGAAACGGAAAUACCGAACGAAAACCGUCUCAGAUAGUGGUCUGAACGUCAUCUACACGAACAACUUCAAUCAAGAAGAAUUCAAAUACGAGAAGGUGACUGACUGCAAAAAACAUUUCUAUAUUUUAGAAACCUAA